GCGUGUUCUAGCACGCCAUUCCAGUGACUUAUCAUAGUCUCGUCCUUGGAAGUGAGAUGGAUUGCAUCCCACACCAGUCGCUCCAGCGAAAAUAUCUCGGCAUCAGUGCUGCUGCCCGAUUAUUGCGGAGCCUCGCGAGAGGAAUGACCCGCCCGCUCUGAGCAGCUGCGGGGAUUCUCCUGCAAGGGAAGUGGUUGAAGUUGAAGUUUAAGCUAAACCAUUAGCAUGAAUCCUAAUCUUGUCAGACGCCAGAAGUAUACACUGCAGGACAACACAGCCUGACUCGGGGCUAACCGUCCGCAUCUAUCACAAUUGGCUGCUAGCUUGGAUGAACAAAAAGUCACUCGCGAAAAGACUUUUAGUGCAAUAUGCAGUGCAGGGCGCCUUGUGACCUGUAUCACCGAAUAUUGCAGAAUUCUCCUGGUCGUGAUGUCAGGGCAGGAAGGGGAAUCCAGGGAGCAGAAAGGGUGCAUACAUAAACCCUCGGGAAGCCCUCGGAAUCUGCUGCAUGAAUGAGCACACGCAGUCCACUUCAAUUGCCUUCCAUCAUGCUCUCUCUCCUGGCUGCCUUGUCCUUGCCUCUCGCGUUGGCCAACGCCUUCGCUGCCCCGGGUCCCUGCAACGGCAACUGCUGGGCCCAUGAUCCUGGCCUCUGGCAACGAGACGACGGCAAAUACUUCUUGUUCUCAACCGGUAAUGGCAUCCACAUCAGCUCUGCCGAUGCUCUUCAAGGGCCAUGGACCGAAGUGGGCUAUGCCCUGCCCGAUGGUUCCUCCAUCGACCACGCGGGCAACAAGAACCUCUGGGCUCCGGAUGUGCAUUUCCAAGACGGCACGUACUACAUGUAUUAUGCCGUCUCCACCCUGGGAUCGCAAAACUCCGUCAUCGGGGUUGCCACCUCCAAAACAAUGGAGCCUGGUAGCUGGACCGACCACGGUUCCACUGGCCUAAGCUCGGACGGCUCUCAGGGGUACAACACUAUUGAUGCCAACUGGAUCCAGAUUGGAGACCAACAGAUUCUGAACUUCGGGUCUUAUUGGCAGGGUUUGUACCAGAUCAAUCUGGCUGGCCCAUUGAAGAUUGGCAACCAAGCCCCAGCCCGCCUUGCCUACAAUGCCACCGGCAAUCAUGCCAUUGAGGCACCCUUCCUCUUCCACCAGAAUAACUUCUUCUACCUGUUCUUCUCCUCCGGCAAGGCUAAUGGAUAUGAUACCAAUUUCCCUGCCCCGGGCGAGGAGUAUCGGAUCAAUGUGUGCCGUUCCUCGACAGGCCGAGGUGAUUUUGUCGAUAAAAAUGGAGUGUCCUGCCUCGAAAGUGGGGGCACGACCGUGCUUGCAAGCCAUGAUAACGUCUACGGCCCCGGCGGACACGGUCGAACAAAGAACAAGAGGUUCCCCGCUUCUUUGGAGACAACGUGGCCAGAGAAACCCUCACUACGACGACAUGUCUCUUCGCAUUCCCAAGACACAACCACAAUGGCCGACUAUGAAGAUACGAUCGAGGUCGACUGGGGAGCGCCCACUCCCGAUCUGACGGACGAUACCUCGUCCGAGGCCAGUACGUCCCUACGGUCCACGGUGCUCGAGUACGAAUUCCGCCACGGUCGGCGCUAUCACAGCACCCACGCUGGAAACUACCUCUUCCCCAACGACGAAGCCGAACAGGAACGACUGGACAUGGUGCACCAUAUUUACUACCGACUGCUGCACAAUCGAUUAUUCUUAGCCCCGAUCGACCUGUCCGGAAAGCGGAUCCUCGAUAUUGGCACCGGCACCGGCGUGUGGGCCAUCCACUUGGGCGAUGAAUACCCGGCCGCCGAAGCCAUCGUCGGCAACGAUAUCAGCCCCAUCCAGCCCCAGUGGGUGCCGCCGAAUGUGAAAUUCUACAUUGAUGAUGUCGAGAAGGACUGGGUGGAGGGUCAACCAUACGAUCUCAUCCACUGUCGCUACAUGGCCGGUUCCAUUAAGGACUGGCCGCGGUUGAUUCAGCAAUGCUUUACCAAUCUGAAGCCGGGAGGGUAUCUGGAGCUGCAGGAAUCAAUCAAUACGUUGUAUUCGGAGGAUGACAGCGUGCCGCCCGAGUGCAACACGGUGAAGAUGAUGGAUGCGCUCAAGGAGGGGUGUCUGCAGAUUGGACAAUCCAUGAACCCGGCUCCGAAUAUGCAUGGCUGGGUGGAAGACGCUGGAUUUACUAUCGUCGACGAGCGGAAGUUUAAGCUCCCGCUUGGGAACUGGCCAAGGGAUAAACGGUUAAAAGAAUGUGGCAGCUUCAACCGCCUGAACUUUGUCGAGGGCGUGGACGCCUUUACAGCCUCUAUCCUCCAGGAUAUUCUAGGCUGGCGGAAGGAGGAAGUGACGGUACUUAACGCUGCCGUUCGGAGGGAGGUCAUGGCAAACACCAUGCAUGCGCUCUUCGACUUCCUAGUGAUUGUUGCCCAGAAGCCCAUGUAG